GGUAAAGACCCACCUACAGGCACAGACAGUGGCGGCCAUUGCGGUGGGACAUCAGCACAACCAUCAGAGUGUGAGCAGCGCCUUCGAAACCAUUUACAAGAAGCAGGGAAUCCUGGGAUUAUGGCGGGGAGUGAAUGGGGCGGUGCCUCGUGUCAUGGUGGGUUCGGCCGUGCAACUGGCAACGUUCGCCAACGCCAAAGAGUGGGUGAAAAAGCAGCAGUGGUUUCCCCAUGACAGUUGGCUGGUGGCUCUCACUGGUGGGAUGAUCAGCAGCAUCGGUGUUGCCAUAGCGAUGACUCCAUUCGAUGUGGUCAGUACUCGAUUGUACAACCAGCCGGUGGACAGUUCGGGCAAGGGUCGCCUGUACCGGGGCUUCUUGGACUGCAUCCUGAAGAUCAUUCACAAGGAGGGGGUUCUUGCCCUGUACAAGGGCAUCAUGCCCGCCUACAUCCGGUUGGGCCCCCACACCAUCCUCAGCCUGCUCUUCUGGGAGGAACUAAGGAAGUUCACCUACUACUACCAGCACCGCUGAGGCCCAAACCUCCCCGAGCUGCCCAGCCUGGGGUGACCCACUUGCCCUCGGCCGCUGAGCUGCCCACACUGACGGGGGCUCUGGUAGGUGGCCCUAUAGCCCGACUCUGGCACCGCCCACUUGGGUUCCUCUGAUGUACUGCCUCUCUCGGUAUAAGCAGCAGCUUGUGGGGUAACAAGAUACAGGGGGAUCUCUGCACAGCGCCCCCUCACUCGGCCGGGGUGUAACUGCACCUCAGGAUACUUGAAACUGAAGCAUUAAAUAUUCUUUUAUAGAA